AAAAAAAAAAAAAAAAUCCAUUCUUAGCUCACUUUUUCUACAAAUUUUUAGGGUUUCAAAACCCCUUUUUGCUCUUUUCAUUGUUGGAUUCAGAAAUUUUCAGGGUGAUCUUUCUUAAAGAUUCUUAAAGAGAUGGAUUUGUUCAUCUGGGGCCCACCUUACUUUCAAGAUGAAAACAGUUUUCCAGCAAACAGCUUGGCUCAAAACUUCUAUUUCAGUCAAAAGCUUGACAUUAUAGAAGAAGAUGCCUUAAAUGAGAAAUGUUGUGUGCAAGUGCUAGAGAUACUCAUUGCAAAAGCUGAUACAGAAAUUGCCGAACUUGAAGAUGAUAUAGUGAUGCUACAAAGCCAACUAUCCCGUACUGAUGAAAGAUGGUUGGACAUGUGCAUUGCUGCUUUAAAUAAAAAGAUUGAUCGCCUUGGUAGUUUGAUAACUGCCUUGAAAAUUGAAAAUGUCCAAGCUUCUGGUGUUCACUUAAAAACAAAUAAAAAACCUUCAGAGAGAAUUCAUGAGAUAUUAGAGACACCGCCAAGAAAUUUCUCUUCUCCACGAGACAAGCAGACCGCAUACUCUACUCUUGGAAGUUCAAAGCUAGCUGCAUCUGUUCUUAUAAAAGUUGAAGCAGCCGACAACCACAAUUUAAAAGAUAUUGAGACUGUUGAAACGAAUGGUGAAUCUACUGUCCAGGCCAAUGUUACGAUCCAGACAUCAUCUGUGGUUCAAGAAAGAAAUCGACAAGAAACAGAUGAACAUGCAAUCACCAAAGGCUCCUGUACAAAGUCUUUUGGUCAUGCUAGUGACAAGUCCACUUUGAAGGAUUUGAAUGAGUCUGAUAUUCCUGGAAAGCUGAUUAAUGGAAGCAAACGAGAAAAUCCUUCACAACUCAACAAUUUUGCAUGUGCUGUUUUAAAGAGUGCAAGCACAAAGCCUCUAAGAGACAAAGCUGAAUUUUGUGGAGAAUCAAAGAGGAAGAUCAACAUGUCAGAAGAUCUCCUUGAGGAUGAAUUGAUGCAACAAGGUUCUAAUGACAGCAUAAUCAUAAAGCCAUCUCUAGGAGUCAAGCAAACAAGCAUUGGAGAAGGACCUAAGCCUGCUGGAGCAAUUGUGGUGACCCGUCUAAGUGCUGUAAAACAAGAACCUAAAGAAUCCGGAGAUGAACAGGCACAGAAUGGAGCAAAGGCUGGUCAGACUAGAGAAAAGCACACCUCAAGUCAAUUGGUAAGUCAAAAGCAGACUGGCGCAAAAAAAAUUCCUGGAAUAAAGGGAGAAGGUCUGCUCAUGUUAAAUCCUAUAAAGAAAGACAGAAACAAGCAACUGGAAAAAUUCAAAGGUGAACUGCAAGUGAAGCAAUCCCCCAAAAGUCAAGUACUCACCAUACACAAAUCUAACUCAAUAUUUUCCCAAAAGCUAGAAAGUCAGAGGCUGAAGUUCAAAUGGAAGGUACCUGCAGAAAUGGCCAAAGAGCCAUGUCUUGCCGAGGAAUUAGGGUUCAAGUCACCUUCUGGUCUAAAACUCAAGAGGCAGUUAAAGACUGGAAGUACUAAGGAGAAUGGAGGUGAUGAGUCCAGAGACAAAACAACCAAAGAGAGUCUGUCACCACUUGGUGGAGCCAAAGGAACUGGUGAUCUUCCGGAGAUCAGUUCAACUUCUUUGAUCCACUUGAAGAAGAGAAGGAUAACAAGUUCCACAGGACCAAUCCUCCAAGAGAAUGAGAAUUUGAGAGAUUUUCAGAAUAGGUUGGUAAAAUCAUACGACAGAUCAAAUCAAAACCUUCAAGUCAUUAAAGUUGAGAAUGAUGAACUUCUUGAUUCCCCAACAUUCACUGUUCCAAUUCCGGACAAAACAGAUCUCAAGUAUAUGACAAUGAAUCAACUCAGGGCCGUGGCAAGGCACCAUAAUGUGCAUGGGGUAUAUAAAUUUCGCAAAGCUGAGCUGCAAGAACACCUUCACAAGCUUCUAGCCAAAGGUCGGUCAACGUAA